GCCACUUGGUAUAUUCAGUACCACCCCAGCAACGGCCGGGACCACUGUAGCACACUCAGUGUAGUGUCACAGUAGUCGUCUGGGGCAUUCCACACUAGGUAUAUCUUUCUUAUCACACUGCUAUCGCCUUGGGAACUACUUGAAGAGUCGACUGAGAUCAUCACAAGUCAGUCAUCUUGGCCUGCAGGUAGUCAGCACUUGAAGGCUCUUCCAUUUGCUCGCAUCACCUACACAAGCCUACCACUACCAAGCUCCACCUCAACUACAAAGAUGCAACUGUUAUGUGCCGUAUGGUGCAUGGCUCUGAUGUCUCUCGUGGUUGUGGCAGGGCCAGAUAGUGACAACCUCCCUGACAGAGUAAAGGAACCACAAAACAGGCACAACACCAACUCACUCGAUGAUGUCCCGUCCCGAUUCUUCAAUCCUAGAUAUGAAAAAGGUCAACCAAGCAGGCAGCAUAUGAUGAACCUCCUAGGGAAUUAUUUUGGAAAUUCCCUCAGUUACCUUUUCUCUAGCAAGCAGUAUGGAAGUCAGUAUGUGCAGCGUCCUGGUAUGGCCAAGUUUCUGUUGGAGGCAAGUGAUAAGCAGUGGGAAGAAGGACUUGAUGUCCUGAAGAAGCUGCUCCAACGUGGUUUUACAUUUGACAGUAACUUGCUUAAUAGUAUUACUUUCUCAGGAAAGGGUGACUUGACUUUGAAUGAAACUGACAUUGGUACAGCAUAUGUCGACACUCUAAAGACAGUUCUGAAGAAUUCCUCAACACAGUUCAAGAACAUGAACCAUUUUCACAAAAAUCAACCAGAUGCUGAGAUUAGCCAUUACUUCGAUGACAAACUAGAGGAAGAAGCAAAGCACAUUCGUGAGGUGGCUGGCCAUGUUGUUACCCUGGACAAGAUGAAAUCUCUUGGUGUGGCUCUCGACAUAUUUGAUUCUAAUCUUUGACUUUUUUUCUUUCUUUUGUUUCCUUUUUUUACUUUUUUUUUUGGUCCUGGUGUUACAUUUUGUAACUCAUAGAGAGGUCUCUCAGUUAGAUAUUCUACAUGGAAAAAUUAUUUCUGAAAACAGUGUGUAGAAAGGAAACUUAUUUAGAGAAAAAAAAAUUAAAUUAAAAAAAUUCAGAUGAUUUUAUGCAGAAAAAUCUAAAUUGGAGUUUUCCAAAUUCGAUUUCGUAUUCUUAACUCUAGGAAAGACCCUUUUGGGCUUAGCGUUUAAUUUUAUUGUAUUAUUUACUCUUCGUAAAAUUUGACUGUCAUUCAGAAAUACUUCCAGAACUGAAAUUCUAAAUUUUUCUUCUUAUUUAGGAAAUUCAAAAGGUCAAACAAUUUGCAUAACUUGGUACAGCUAGCAUGCCAUGAAACUGUGGAUUGCAUUCCAUUCUUUUCAUAUAAAAGUGUAUGAGUUAUGUCUAUAUUCAGCACCUGGGGAACUGGAGGCAAUCAGGUUUCAUCCUAGAAAGGGAAGUUUACCUCCAACUCCUUGAAUCUAGAGACUUUCAUAUUACUAGGUAGACAAGGACACAUGAACAACUAAUGUGACAUUUUACUGCGGCUGUUUUGCUCUCCAGGAGCUGUGUUUAGUGUAUUGACUUGAUAAAGCUCCUGGAAAAUUAAUCACUGCCUUAACAUCUCUGACAGUGUACAUAACCAUUCACCAGCAUUGAAACACUCGAAGAACGGAAAGAAAUACAUAGAAUGGCAGAUAAGAGCCAGAUUAUUACCUUCAUAUCACUCUAGGCAAGUUCCUCGAUGCUAAUGAGGGGCUCUUGAUCCAAGGCAUUAGAUCUACCCUUACCUUAGUGCCUCCCAUUUUUUCUAGGUGCUCUAUGACCCACACGAUUUAACAUCCCCCUUGAAUAAAAAUAAUUACAUAUGCACAAAACCUACAGAUUAAGUACUUGUGUAUUUCCCAAAAGGGUCCCUUGAGACAGAUUAGGUUCAGGUAUUGAUAGUAAUCAGAAUGUGACUUCAUUAUAUUUCUAAAACUGUACUGUUUUUCUUUAGUUCAUGUGUAAACAACUGACCCCAUUGAUUUGGACAGGGAGGGAUCAUAGUUUCUCUGGAAUGACAGGAAGAGUAGCUUCUAGUCCUUGAAUCAGAAGUCCACCAACAUCAAGGAACUCUCUUGGAGGAUUUUAGCUGUGUGGAACCUUUCAGAUUUGCAGCGAGAUACAUUUUUUUUUUUAGAAAGAAGUGUCAUGAUAGUGCAAGAAAACUGACACACAGAAUCUGUGGCUUUUAUAAUGUAACAUAACUUUAAAAUCAAUUCACAAAUAACCCACACACAGCAGAGGGGAGCUUCCAAUGAAAUUUUGGCCUGACUUAGUCAUAAGCUCCUCUCCCAUGUGUGGAUUAUUUGUGUAUUGUUCCAGUCAUAGUAUUGUGCCUUUUUGUUCUUUAUAAAUAGUUUUAGUAUAGACCCUAUAUCAAUUUUAGCCUGCACUUUAAAGGAGGGGUUUGGGAUAUUGGCAGUUUGAAGGGAUAUGUUUAUCUCUAUAUGUAUAUGCUUCUAAACUGUUGUAUUCUGAGCACCUCUGCAAAAGGAGUGAUAAUGUGUGAGUGUGGUGAAAGUGUUGAAUGAUGAUGAAAGUAUUUUCUUUUUGGGGAUUUUCUUUCUUUUUUUUUUUGGGUCACCCUGCCUCGGUGGGAGACGACCGACUUGUUGGAAAAAAAAAAAAAAAAAAAAAAAAAAUUAGUAUGACUGACAGGUUAGCAAUUUAUACAAAUACUAUAUAGUAUUAAUUCCAGCAAAUGUAUUGUGCUUACAAUAAUUGAAGAUGUUAAUUA